CCGAUCAGGCCGCCGGCGGUGACGUGCCGGGAGCGCGUCCAGGUUGUGGUGCGAUGCCGUCCAAUGUCGCAUCAGGAGGUCAUGGAUGGGCGCCAAUGCUGCAUUGUCGUUGAUCAGCAGGAGAAAACCAUAGAGGUGUCUGGCGAUGGGAGGAGAGGCAGCAGCAACGAUUCCAACAUCAAAGUCUUUACAUUCGAUCGUGUGUAUGAUUCCAAGUGCACACAAAACCAGCUCUACCAGGAAGUGGCUCAUCCGAUCGUCCAGAGCGUCAUGCACGGCUACAAUGGAACCGUGUUGGCUUAUGGCCAGACGGCCUCCGGAAAAACAUACACUAUGGAAGGAUUUGAUGACUCUCCAGAGUUACGUGGUAUUAUUCCUCACGCGUUUGAGGAAAUUUUUUCUCACAUAUCUCAAAGCCAGAGUUCCGAUCGUUUUCUCGUGAGAGCCUCCUACCUGGAGAUUUACAACGAAGAAAUCCGGGAUCUCUUGGCACCAAGUAGUUCGCCAGGGACGAGACUGGAGCUGAAAGAGAGCCCGGACGCGGGUGUUUACGUGAGGAAUCUCACUUGCCUGACCGUGCAUAGCCUCUCGGACAUCAUUCGACUGCUGAUGGUUGGGAAAAAGAACCGAUCUGUCGGGGCAACUCUUAUGAACCAAGACUCGUCGCGUUCGCAUUCCAUAUUCACCAUAACUGUGGAGACUAGUGUGGAGGAUCCAGAAACUGGCUUGCACAUACGAGUUGGGAAACUAAACCUGGUCGAUCUUGCUGGUAGUGAAAGAAUGAGCAAAACUGGAGCUACUGGGGAUAGAUUGAAAGAGCUCACCAACAUAAAUUGGUCUCUUACAGCUCUUGGAAAUGUCAUCUCGGCCCUGGUUGAUGGAAGGAGUACGCACAUUCCCUACCGUGAUUCGAAGCUGACCAGGCUCUUGCAAGACUCACUCGGUGGGAAUACAAGGACUGUCAUGGUGGCAAACAUUGGACCUGCUGAUUAUAACUAUGAAGAGUCCGUCAGCACACUACGGUAUGCCAAUCGUGCAAAGAGCAUUAAGAACAAACCGCGUAUCAACGAGGAUCCAAAGGACGCGUUGCUGCGGGAGUUCCAGGCUGAAAUUAUCAGGUUCAUUGGCUUGAUAUAUGUUCUCAAGCUUAUGAACUCUGAAAAUUGCGUUAACAGGUUAAAAGCGCAGCUUAGUGGCGAUGCUGUUAACGAUUUGACCAAGGAAAUCUGUACGCUAAAGAACGAGAAAGAAAUGGUGGAAAAGAACUUGAGAAACUUGAGGCAGCAAGCUGGAGUUGAUCCUUACCUGUGCCAGUCAUUCAGUGAACAAGCCAUUGCAUACAUUAAAGCGGAUUUAGAGAAAAAGGCGCAUUUCGAAAUUGAGUGCUUGCGAGCAGAAAAGGAGCGUUCAGACGAAGAGAAGCAGAAACUGACGGAGCAGCUGCUCAAGCAGUUGAAGGACAUGCAACCCCAUUAUGAGUCGUUUGCCAAGGAAAAAGAAGACCGUGAUUUCCUAACUAAUAAGCUGAGAGCUUUGGAGGACAAAGUUUUGCAUGGUUCCAACAACGAUAACGAGAAGCUGGUGGAGAAAGCAAAGCAGCAGGAGGAAGAGCUUGCUCUUUACCAGCAUCAUAUCCAAGAACGGCAGCAACUGGAUGAAGAGCGCCAGCGGAAGAUAGCAGAGCUUGAGGACGCACAACUGAUGGCCGAGGUGAAGUGCAGCACAAUGGAGGAAGAGUUGGAAAUGAAAACUACCAAAUUUCGAAAGCUGAUGGCGUGUUACCAGCAGAGCAAAGCCGACUUAGCCUCGUUGCGGACGGAGCUGCAGGACACAAUCCACGAGUUUCAUCGGGAGCGCACCGAUUUGCUUCUCAGUUUGCGCUCGCUGGAGCAGCAACAUCAGCUCAAGUCUUUAGUGAUCGAGAAGUUUAUUCCGUCCGAGGAGCUGGCUAAGAUCAUGAAGAGAGUGGAGUGGGACGACGAGACGGAAAGAUGGGUGUUCCAGAGCAUGGUGGCUAAUUUCCAGUCGGGUAUAAGUCCGUUCAUCGUGGAUCCAGCUAACAAGCAGCCACUUCAAAGGCCGGCAUCAGCCGUGGGAAGGAGUAGACCGCCAGGAUCCAGAUACCAGAUGGACAACGUGCUCAAGAUUGGCUUGGACAUUCCAAAGCACACUCUCUACGAUUACGAGAAUCACCUCGACCGCGCACAGGCUCAAGCUCACAUCAUGCAAGCUUUCUCCCCGAACUUUGGCGAAGACGACGACCCAUACCUGUCAUACGAGCAAAAGACAGGAGCGGCAAAGCCUCUUCGCCCAAGAACAGCAAACAGAUAAGGGAUAAAAAGAAGA